AUGGAUACUAGUUGGAUUGAUUUACGCAAUGGGGAUCCUGCUUAUUAUAGUGGUUGCUUGAAAUUUAUGGAACUUGCGAAGGAGACUCUUGUUGAAGGAAAAACACGAUAUCCGUGUAACAAGUGCAAGUUAAAUAAAUGGCACUUCGUAGAAGAAGUUGGAGGACAUAUUUUGCUUAACGGUUUUCUUAAAAAAUAUCGAAAUUGGGUUUUUCAUCGUAAAGUCAAUGAAGGGAGAAAUAGCUUUGAAACCCCUAGUGGUCUAGGAAAUGCAGUAGGUCAAGAUGACAUGGGAGAGUUGCUAAGAGCAGCUUUUGGUGUUGACAAUUCAGAGUCGCAUAAUGAAUCGCAAGACAUGCCCGAAGAUGAAGUUUUUUAUGACAUGCAUGAGGAGUUUGAUUUUCAUUGUGAGGUAGAUAAUGAAUUUCCAUCAAGUAACUCAGGUGAAGAAGAUGCUAAGUGUAAACGACUAAUGGAAGCCGCUGAUGAGGUUUUAUAUGAGGGAUGCACUACUUUCUCAAAGUUAUCCUUUAUUUUACACUUGUUUCACCUUAAAUGUAUGUUCCACUGGUCUGCAGAGUCAUUUACUAAAUUGCUUGAACUUCUAAUAGACGCAUUUCCUCAAAUUAAGGAGUUUCCAUCGUCUUAUUAUGAAGGAAAGAAGAUAGUGAAUGAUUUGGGGUUAGGAUAUGAGAAAAUCGAUGCAUAUCCAAAUAAUUGCAUUUUAUAUUGGGGUGUAUUUGCAGACAAAGAUGAGUGUCAUGUUUGCCAUACAUCAAGGUGGAAAACAGUGAAAGAAAAGGAGGAUAAUAAAAGUGAGAAAGGAACGAAAAUAUCUAAGGAUAUGAGAUGGCAUUUUGAACAUGAAGAUGAUAAGAUCUUAAGGCACCCGUCGGAUGGUGAGGCUUGGAAAAGUUUUGAUAAAAGAUAUGUAGAAUUCGCCGAAGAUCCUCGUAGUGUUAGAUUAGGUCUAGCGAGUGAUGGUUUCAAUCCAUAUCGUCUAAUGAAUACCAAUUAUAGUACAUGGCCGGUGAUUUUGAUUCCUUAUAAUUUGCCACUGUGGCUUUGUAUGAAGCCAUCAUCAUUCAUUUUGUCCUUGCUUAUUCCCGGAAAACAUAGUCCUGGGAUGGAUAUUGAUGUGUAUUUGCAACCAUUAAUCCACGAGUUAAAGUUAUUGUGGGAAGGUGUUCCUACCUUUGAUGCGCAUAGUGGAAAUAAAUUUAAGAUGCGAGCAGCCUUACAUUCCACUAUAAACGAGUUUCCGGCAUAUGCUAUGUUGUCCGGUUGGAGUACAAGAGGUUACAAAGCUUGCCCUACUUGUGCCCAUAAUACUAAUUCAUAUUGGUUUGGCGGCAGAAUGUGCUACCCAGGGCAUCGAAAAUGGUUGCCAAUUGAUCAUCCUUAUCGUUCUCAAGGUAAUUUAUUUGAUGGGGAAAAUGAAUACGGGGUUGCUCCGGUCCCUGCAAGUGGGAUAGACAUUUUGAAGGAACUAGAAAAGGUUAAGUAUGUUUAUGGACAAUCAAAGAAAGCACAACCAAAGAAAAUAUCUAAGAAAAGAAAUAGACUUCAAGGUGGAACUUCUCAUGAUGAGCCGGAUGAUGAUGAUGGUGGUGAAGAGGAAGCCAAUGUUAUUUGGAAAAAGAAAAGUCUACUCUUUGAGUUGGAGUAUUGGGAACAUAAUCCUCUAAGACAUAAUUUAGAUGUUAUGCACAUUGAAAAGAAUGUGUGUGACAAUGUGAUAGGAACUCUUUUAGAUAUGGAUAAAAGUAGAGAUGAUAAGCAAGCAAGACAGGCUCUCAAAGACAAAAAUAUAAAAUCUCAUCUUUGGCCUCAAUCUGAUCCAACUCGUGUUAAUGACCAUUUGCCUCCCGCUGAAUACACCAUGUCUACAGAAGAGAAAGAACGUUUUUUAAGGGUCAUAGAAAAGCUUAAAGUUCCCGAUGGAUACGGGUCUAAUUUGCAAAGAUGCGUAAAUAUUAAGCAGCGUAAACUUAUUAAUUUGAAAAGCCAUGACAAUCAUGUCCUCAUGCAAGAUAUUCUUCAUGUUGCUUUAAGAGCAUCGAAUGCCACUAAAGUUAUUGACUUGCUUGAGGAGUUGUCUGACUUUUUCAAGAAUAUUUGUUCGACCACUAUUCAUUCUGAUGACUUGGAUACCAUUCAGUCAAAGCUUGUUUUGACUCUUUGUAAGUUGGAGAAAGCUUUUUUACCAAUAUUCUUCACAAUCAUGGUUCAUCUACUAAUCCAUCUAGUGGAUGAGGUCAAACUUGGCGAACCUGUUCAAUACCGAUGGAUGUAUCCCAUUGAAAGUGCUUUCAUAUGCCAAAAACGGCAAGAGGAUGAAUGUAGAGGAAGUCAAUCCAACAAAAUUGUUGAAAAUGGGUGGAUAAUCAAUGAUUUCCCUGAGUGGUUGCGAAAUCAGGCCUAUAACAUAGAUGAUAGUACAACAGAAGGAAAGUUGAGAAAAGCCUUGGCCGGUGGUUUAAGUAAUUACAGUAAAAAACUUAAAAGCGUCAUUGUCAAUGGCUACAAAUUUGAUACUAUGGAACGCGAGCGAUUUCGCAAGACACACAAUUCUGGAGUUUUUGUGGAAGCAGAUGUCCAAGAGUAUUAUGGAAGACUCCAAGACAUAUUCGAAUUAAAUUACUAUGGUUCUUUCAAGGUUAUAAUGUUUCGUUGUGAAUGGGUUGAUAUACAUAGGGGUUUGAAAACAUACCCAAAUGGUAGUGUUCGUGUAAAUUUCUCGAAGUUGAUGCAUACUGGCCGAAAUUUGCAUGAUGAUCAAUUUGUUUUCUCAUCUCAAGCAAAACAAUGUUUUUACAUUGAGGAUGAGAUACAACAAGGAUGGUCGCAUGUUGUUAAGACUAAGCCUAGAGACUUCUUUGAUAUAGGCGAUGAUGAGCCUUAA